AACUGCUCAGCAUAAUUGUUGCCGUACCCUACAUAUGUGCCAUGCGAAACCUUUGGUGGCUGCUAAUUCAACUUCAGUGCAUGGCCACGAUUUCCACCACGGGCAACGACAGCGACGUUGAGACUUGCAUGUCCAUGCUGCAGCAAAAGACUCACUUGGAUCGCAAUGAAGCUUCCUGGAAGGUGAACAACUACAUCAUGGCUGCCUAUCACAAGGCAGGUGUCUACUUAUCCAAAGCACUUCAGUUGAUUAUCUUUCACGAGGAGCUGGGAGAACCUAAGGAGGAUCUAGGCCAAUGGAUAACUCCCUGCUAUACCUUCUGUCAGAAUUUGAAGGCGCCGAGUCGACUCUUAGUCGACAAUCUGAAUGCCUCGCUAUUGACCAAGCUGCGACGCGCGGCUUGGCCCAAGAGGACCUUGGUGUCUGGGCUGACGCGAAACCCCUUGACGAUGGUGGCCUCUGCAUACUGCUAUCAUCAUGAAGGGCAAGAGCCUGAAAACCAGUUGAUGGACACUCCUUUGCUGAUGAGCUUGGGCCUUGAAGAAGGCACCAACGCCACUGCCAGGCUGCUGCUGCCGCAGGUGGAGUAUAUGGCGAGCGUCUUCGCGGAGCCAGACAACGACACCCUGAGGCUGAGGUAUGAAGAUUUUGUAAAGUCUUCGGAGAGCUUUGACCAGCAAAUCUCCACACUCCUAGACUUCUUUUUCGGCACGGGCGAAGAUCUCAUCACCGAUGCUCAGCGCCUGUCCAUCAAAGAGGCUGCCAAGACCGAGGACGAGAAACGGAACCCUGAAGCCACCUACGAUGAAUCCAGAAAUCGGUCUCACGGGAGCAAUGACAAAUGUAAGGCUUUAGCAGAAGCUGUGCUGCCAAAGAUCGAGCCCUCUCUCCUUGCGCGAUAUCAUGAGCUUCAACAUCGCUUGGGCUAUCCCGUUGGUUCCACGUGAGCGUAGAUGGCAGCAGCUGUGCUAGCAGGUCCAGGUUGUGUUAGCAGCCUAGCCGCUUUGAUUCCUGGAAUCAACAGAUGCGCAGCAUUUGUGAACUUUGUCAAUGUUGCAUAGAAAUGUUAGAAGGGACUUGUUCCAGGUCUCCGCUGGUGCGGUGACUGGAAGAGAUUAUUUGAGUCGGGCUGACUGGAUUUCCGGCUUAGAACUCGGCUUCGGCAGUUUCAGAACUGCGUUUGAUUCAAGUGAUCUUUAAUUUAAAUGCCCAGAAAGAAAGGCUUUGCUGAAACUCUUUGGAAGGAGAGAAGGAUUGUCAGGAAUCCAGUUUCUCCUUAUCCUUUGCAGUGUGACUUCACGAAAGUCUCUGCAGAUUGAUGCGAGAGGAAAAUGCAGCAGCCAGAUAUUGACGCCAGCUGUCUAUCCCAGUUUUACCCCAACGCCCAAGGACUGUUGAGUGAAGUUACCCCUUUUGCCACACUGAAGAAGCAAGAGAAGCCUACUCAGUCAGAG